GAGGGGGAGGAGGGCGGGGGACGCUUCUCUCUCUCUCUCUCUCUCUCUCUCGGUAUGACAGAACCCGUUCUCCGUCGCUUAGCUGGAGCGCCGCUUCGGAGAAAGGAGCGAACAUCAGCACAUUAAACUACCAAUAAAUAGUCAAACAAAUAAAAAAAUACCUAAAAUACAGAGGCGAUCGGAAGGGUGCUGUGUACUUGGGUGCUACGGGGAAUUAAGGAUCAUGGAUCAAUUAACCUGCUGUCAGUAAACCCUGAGAAAAAGGUGGGAGAGCAGCGAUGUGGGAUUGCGAAUCCUGGCACUUGUGGCUUGUCUUCUUCAUCCUGCGAGCGCAGGUUCUUCUAGCUGCUGGAACGUUUGAACUGCAGAUCAAGCAGCUUCAGCACUCAAAUGGACUCCUUUGGUAUAAGGAUUGCUGUGAUGCCCGGGUGGCACCUGGAAACCACUGUAACAAGGGACAUCCGUGUGACACCUUCUUUCGAUUGUGUCUCAAGGAAUAUCAGAAGCGUGUCUCACAGUCAGGACCUUGCAUUUUUGGAGCAGGAGCUACACCUGUCAUCAGUGGCAGCCAUUUCUCCUCAAGUCACCAACAUAAUGAUGAGCGCAGUGCGAGGAUUGAGAUUCCCUUCCAGUAUGCUUGGCCGAGAUCCUACUCCUUGGUUUUAGAAAUCUUGGGCUACGGUAACAGAACAGCAGGGCAAGGUGAGGAGCAGAUGAUUGAGCAAGUCCUGCACUCUGCAAUGUUAAAUCCCGGAGAUCAGUGGCAGCCCCUGAGACAUCACGGUCGGGUGGCCAGCGUGGACUAUAAAGUGCGGUUCCGCUGCUCGGAGAACUACUUUGGGCCAGCCUGUAACAAGUUCUGCCGGGCCAGGGAUGACUUCUUCGGCCACCAUAACUGCGACCCCGGUGGCAACAAGGUGUGCAUGGAAGGCUGGACGGGCCCAGAGUGCCGGCAAGCCAUUUGUAAGCCCACCUGCCACCUGGUCCAUGGUUAUUGUGAAUUGCCUGGCGAAUGCAGGUGUCACUAUGGCUGGCAGGGUCCUUUCUGCGAUCGUUGCGUCCCCUACCCUGGCUGCGUACAUGGCUCCUGCUCAGAACCCUGGAAGUGUAUGUGUGACACAAACUGGGGUGGGCUGCUCUGUGAUAAAGACUUGAAUUACUGUGGUAACCACCAGCCAUGCCUUAAUGGGGGCACCUGUGCCAAUGCAGAACCCAACGAAUACCAAUGCAUCUGUAAGGAAGGCUUCCGAGGCAAAGACUGUGAAAUAGCGGAGCACGCCUGCUUGUCCAACCCCUGUGCUAAUGGGGGAAGCUGCCUGGAAGUCUCCACUGGCUUUCAAUGUGAAUGUACUGAAGACUGGACGGGGCCCACGUGUAUGGAAGACAAGUCCAGAUGCCGGAUGUGCUCACCUGGAGAGAUAUGUGAGGAGACCAUAAAUGGCUACAGAUGUCGAUGCCUACCGGAGUUCACAGGAAAGAGCUGCCAUGUCAAGUUCGGUGCCUGCGUCAGUGCCCCAUGUCUCAAUGGUGGUCACUGUGUGGAUCUGGAUGUGGGAUACCUGUGCCGCUGUCCGGAGGGCUUCUCUGGAAGUUACUGUGAGGUGGUAGUAGACUUGUGCUCUAGCUCCUGCCAGCAAGAUGCUCCUUGCGAGAUUCCAGAUGGUGGCUACGGAUGUACAUGUCCCGAGGGAUCGAAUGAAAAGAACUGCAAGAAUGACUCUUGCCACAUGUCCUCGUGUUCAGGCUUUGGCUCUCCAUUCUACUUGACCAUUUUACUUCUUCCAGUCCUGGCAGUUUUCUGCUGCGUCCUUUCCAUCUUCCUGUUGGCUCGCCAUCGACGUCAAGCUAAAGGAUCCCGCCAGGUGCCUGUGGUGAAAACUUUUAACAACCAGCGUGAGUCAAUCAACUUGAUUCGCAAUUUGCCUGGGGCGGAGAGCAGAGCACCCUGCAAGCCUGAAGAAAUCGAGCUGACUCUACCUUCAUCUACAGCCACCGUGACUCCAAUCGUCUUUGCUGAGAAAAACCUUUCGUCGCAGGAAGGAGACGCUGAUGGUCGAAAGCCCCUCAUCCUGGGCAAGUUAGACAUUUCCAACCAUGAGAGAGAGAAGCUAAACCUCUUCAAGUUUUCAGAUCAGCAAGAACUGGAGGUAUGAUUGCUACAACGGCAUUUGGAGGACUUGAGAGCUAAAAGAGACCUGAGAGCUAAUGUUGUAGAGAAGAUGACCUCACAGCUUCUCCACACAGCAAAACUGCCGGCUUGAUCCUGCAAAGCAGAGACUACUGUCGAUGGAGCAGACAAAAGUGUUUUCUGGAUCUGAAAGGUUUUUGGAAAGGGAAACAGAAGCUGUUUUCGGGGGCGCUCCCCUCACCAUAGUAGUCUGUGAUCACUUGCUCCAGGAGGUCUGAUAUCGACUGCAAAAAUGUACAAACAUCUUUAAGCAAAACUUAUUGUAAGAGGAUGUCACGUGGUUGACGUUUGGCAGAGGAGCUCGGGAGGUGGGUCUCCAUCCUUGGUUCUUCACCAAGCAAGGCAAGGGUGCUGUGGAACCGUUGCUGCUUAAUCAUCAUUGAACUGCUGGUGUUUUAACUCCUAACAAUGGCUGGCCAGGGAACCAUAAAGGUCAUAGUGUCAUUUCUUCUGACUUGGGUUGCAAAGACAUAAAACAUAUAAGAUCAGCAUUUAAAAAGCCACUAGUGAUGCAAUUUAAGGCUUAGCAAUAGCAGUGAUUAGAAAUUUGUUUGAAAGAAUGAAGCAUUUGGAGGGAAGGACACGAUUAAUAGUUUCUUUUUUAAGAUA